CUCCAAUAGAAAAAGGGUGUUAUUGUAAUUACAGUAGGAGAAUCAAUAGUAUAAAACCAUGUCCCUAUUCCUUAACAUAGCACUCCUUACAUAUUAAAGUAUACAACUGGUAGAUAGUACUAUUUUCAAAAUGGAGAGGAAAAUAACAUUGCUGAUUUUGAUGGUUGCAUUGCUCUUCUGCAUGACUAAGGUAUUAUGUGCUGAUUCUAGUGUCCACAUUCAAGACCAAUUUACUCAUUUUGAGGUGGUAAAAGGACCUAAUAGAAGGCUUUUGGCAUUUGUGGAUUGUGGAACAAGGUGCAAUGUGAGGUGCAGUGUGCAUUCAAGACCAAAUGUUUGUAUGAGAGCUUGUGGAACAUGUUGUUUAAGGUGCAAGUGUGUUCCUCCAGGCACUUACGGCAACAGAGAAAUGUGUGGGAGGUGUUACACUGAUAUGAUUACACGUGGCAACAAGCCCAAGUGCCCCUAAUUCAACUUGUCCAAGCUUAAAUUAGAAUUCCCCUUAUGUUUUUUUGUCUUUAUUUUGUUUCUAGCAUUAUGUAUGAGUUUGUCUAUUAAUUUGUGAGUUAGUUAUCCUUAAUGAGUAAGACGUGGAAUAAACAACUACAUUUUUUGCUUAAUGAGUUUGUGUAUCAGAUGAAAAUAUAUAAUCACUAUUAGUUGUAUUUUGUGAUUAUU